AUGCCCAAACAACACCUUUACUUCUAUGCCCUAAUCUUCCUGUGUCUCGCUCUCACAGGCAUCGCAGUAACCUCCUUCAUAGCCGCCCGCAACCUCUCCCUACCAAUCCCAACCCCAAUAAUCCUCCUCCCCAUCAUCCUGCCCCUCCUCUUCCCCCCCCUCACCCUCCUCCUCAUCCGCACCCUCAAAUCCCCAACCGCAGCCCCCUUCCUCAUCCGUCUCCUGCCCCCGGCACAUCUCCUACUCCUCACCGUUAUCGCAACCCUCCUCGGCCAAUCCCUCUCUCCAAACUCUUCGAACGCGGUCCCGUGCCCUCUCUUCACCCACUGGCAAUCUCUCUACUCGGCGCAUGAUGCUACCCGCAUCCGGCGGAUACAGGAUACUUUGGAAUGCUGUGGUCUGCGCUCUGUGAGGGAUAUGGCUUGGCCUUUUGACUCGAAGGGUGGAAGGGCCUGCGUUGAUACAUAUGGGAGGAAUACGGCUUGUGGGGGCCCGUGGGAGGGUGCGUUGAGGGGUGUUGUCGGGGCCGAUUUGGGAGUUGUUCUCGGCUUGGCUGUUCUUCAGAUCAUCAUCACGUUCCUUUCCGACGAAAAUUCACCAUCGUGGCUUCGUUCCCUUAGCAAUCGAGAACAGGAGAGGGUGACAGGAGGUGGAUGGAGACUCAUCUCUCACCCCGAAACCGGAGAAGUGGUAGAGAAUGUCGAGGACGACUCGGACACGGAAGCCAACAACGGAGCUCGCAUCGAGGAGAACGGCCAUAGGGAAUAUGGGACCAUGGGGGCUAGGCCGGGGCAGGAAGAGAGCGAGUCGUUGAACGCUCACAAUCAAUGGAGGGAUUAG